AUGAGCGGGAGUACGGCGGCUCAGUUAUAUACGUACGUUCCAGGGACGAGUACCCAUACUUUCAGCAUGAACUACUCGAGCAGCGACAACAGUACUUACCUGACGAGCUCUGUCGGGGCUGGUCCAUCGACUCAGCCGAGCACAAAUCCCAACGGCGAGAACACACCAGGUUCCACCAAACGCCCAUUUCCUUGGGCAUCAUCCGAAUCUCAAGAACGGGAUAAACGCCCCAGGAGUGGCAGUGGCAAUGGCAAUGCCGCUACCAGUGCAAUUCCUGACGACCUCGAGGAGACGAUGAGCACCGACGAAUCGGCCUAUGCAUCUGCAGCCGAGUCUCCCAAUCCAAAUUUCUCACGCAGUCCAACAAGACCUGACUGGCCAUUGUCGACUGUCGAUGAUCCCGAGACUCGUGCACCAGCUGCUGCACCGAGAAUACCUACUCCAGCGGCACUACGAUCUUCUUCCCCACUCCAUCUUCCUAAUUUGUCCCUCUCCAGCCAAUCAGGGUUCAGGCCCGUUUCGCCCCCCACGACGACGACCACUAGCGCCCCAUUGCGACUUGCCUUGCCACCACGUUCCACAUCGACAAACAAUGUUGCUUCAUCUGAACCGCGAGCCCAACCACUUGACCUCGGUUGGUUGACCCAGCAACUCGACGAAGCUCUUCCCCCGCCCCGAGACCGGGCGUUCUCGCUCAGCUUCGGAAGCGCGAGCGUGGAUAGCGCGUUGCCACUCCCGCAACACAGUAGAGCUGGGUCCACCCGAGUACCGUUACCGUGGGUCGAUAUUGAAGGCGAGAGCGUUGGCUCCAGUUUACUUGCUACGUCCGAGUCGGUCUCUGCAUCACUCGAGCCUGGGUCGGGAUCUGGCUCCCUCGGGCCCAGUUCGAUUGCGAGAAGUGCUACAUCAUCACCAGGGGCAGCGUCGACCGUUCGCUCUGAUCAUUCACCACGUACCAUCGCGCCUGCUAACCACUCCCCGCCUGCUGUAACCGCGACAAGACGCCCUCUUUCACUCAACCUCCUUAACUUUCCCCUUGCUCCUGGACCAGACUCGCCUUCGACUGCAUUCCCCACCUCAGCAUCCCCACGAACUUCGGCGUUUGAUCUUGCUGUGACUCCGCCAGGCAGUGCCUUGCCGAGUUUCGUGGCCCGGAUGAUGGAGGUUGACUCGCCCGUCCAUAGUGGUGGAGAUUCGUAUAUUUCAUCUCAAGCAGAACUUUAUACUCCAUCCGCAGAUCGAACAGAAAGUUAUGUCCCAUCCCCGUCCCAAACAGGAACUUUUGUCCCUUCAGAACCUCAAAUGCCAUACGGCCCGCCCCUGCCCCAAACAGAAUCAUAUCCUUCGUCACCUCAACUGGAUGGCGGCGAUGCAUCUCUGGACGCACUCAGACGAUUCAUGCGGCAGGAAGGCACGGCCCGAACUGGUCUCGUGCACCAGGAGAGCUCAGAAUUAAUGGAGCAUCAAGGCACCGGAUUGCUACGUCAAAGCGAGAGAGGAAAUAGCAGCAGCGUCAGUCCAAACCAAGCGCAGGCUGGCAUGGCUGUGGGAUCGUACUUUCCCCCGGUUGAAACGGAUGAGCGCCAGCCACACGCUGGUGAGGUGCUGAGGGGUGUGCCGUUAUCAACGAGUGGUCAUGAACAACAGCAUCACCUAGAACAAACCCCACCUGAACAUCUUCCUCAAAUUGGCCCCGAGCAAUUAUCGAGCUAUACUCAUACCGAGGAGGUACCAAGGAACGGCCAUAACGAACAACCAUCUCGAAUAACCCAUCCAAGCGAAGAUUCGACCUUCGAAUCGAUCUACUCGCGCCGUUUGACUGAGUCAGGCGCUUCACUUCCUUCGCGGCCUUCAGACUCUGGGGCUUCCCUGCCCUCAUUUCGGGCGUCUGUCAGUCCCGAGCCUGGUCGGAUGAGCUGGUCGGAUUUGUUUGGCCCGAGGACACCCGAGACAGGAGGGUCAGAGGUCGCGAUGGGUACCAGAGGGUCGGAGAUUAGUACGGGCACCAGAGGGUCUGAGACUACAACGGCUCUGAGGUCAUCUGAGGCCACGAUGGGUACCGCGAGCACGAGGGAGACGGAUACUGGGAUGGGCACAAGACGACCAGUAGACAUCGCCACGACUACAAGUCGUGUAGGUGUGAGAAGCGCGUUGACUAGGGCCGUCAGACUUCCCGGGUCUGAAGGCCCAGCUCGGCUCCACCUCGACGCCCUACCUCUUGAAGAUCGCACAAGCGCUACGAAUUUGAGUCGCACACCACCGGUAUCGGACAGCCACACUACAAUGUGGUUCGAGGACAAUGCCUCUCGUCCACGGCGAACAUCGAGCGCUCGGUGGACGGAUCUAUUCCCCGAACCACUACUUCACCCGUCCCUAUCGUCCCGCGACCGACCAACCGAACCCGAAUGCCUCCUCCGGAGCCCCCAGGCCACUCCUGACCCUUCACCCACAUACGAUGCGACAUCUACCUUGGCGCGAUACCAAACCUUUGCACAGUCUAUCGACGAAAUAAGGCGGUCGCCUCCGCUCCAGCAGAGCGCGCCACCAGAACCGAGCUGGGGAGGGAGCGGCAGUAAUCGUUCUUCAUGGGCAUUUCCUCGCCACGAGCCACCUCAAUACCACCCUUCUCCGCCAACAGACGGGAAUUGGCUACGUGAAUGGGAGUCGCAGAGAGAUCGAAGGUCACGCGCGGCUCGGGAGGAUUAUAUCCGUCGCCGGGAUUCUGAUUAUAGCCACAAUGAUCGACGACAUGAUACUGGAUAUACCGGCAACGAAGAGGUUCCCAGACGACCGCCAAUGGCUCAGCUGAGCGACACGCAGGCUCAGGGGCAGGGGCAGGUAUGGCCCGACUUUGUGGCUCGUUCUCGCCCUCAUCCACGCCCAAUGACGCGCGCUUCGCUUGUGGCUACUGGAUUCGCUGAUAGCGAUCUUUGGCCUGAAAACGAUGAAUCCAAUACACGAUUGUGGGGCGAGAUCCCUCGUCCGGCUCGACGGCCAGAAGUUCUUCCUGCCCGGUCAAAUGAUACAGCUGCUCCUAUGCAGUUUUUACCGGGAAACCAUGAGGGCGGAAUGGUAUUUACCGAGUCUCCUCCCUCACUACUCGAAGGAUUCGACGAUCCUGGAUAUUCCGAGCCGAUACCUGGGGCACUCAAGGACCUGAGCCGAUAA